AUGGAAAAGACCGUGAGUGUCUCUCGGACAAACUGGGCAAGAAGGUUAGAUGAUGCGCUAUGGGUCUACCGGACAACAUUCAAAACACCAAUCAGGGUGUCACCAUAUCGGCUCAUUUAUGUAAAAGCCUGCCAUCUAUCUGUAGAGCUAGAACAAAGAGCCUAUUGGGCGACAAGAACAUUGAACUUUGAUUUACAAGUGAUUAACGAGAAGAGAAUAUUACAGAUCAACGAGAUGGAUGAGUUCCACAAUGAUGCUUAUGAGAAUGCUUGGAUUUACAAUGCUAAAACGAAAAGAUGGCACAAUUAG